AUGUCUGAGGCAACUUCUCCAACUGAGUUGGACACAACUGAUGGCCACACAGAUGGUUCUCUGCAGCCUGAUCUGAUCUUUGCAAAGUUGCAGGAAGUGCUUGCGCCCUGGUCCGCAGUGUUAUCCACCUUGAACACUGAUAAAAAAAGUAAGGGUGAAGGAAGCAAGCCUAAAGACAUUGAGAUGUCAGAUAUGAAGGGGAAGACACCGGCUGUUAUUGAAGAAGAGGAUGAAGGGGAGCAGUCAACAACUGCAAAGAGUCUGGUGAAGCUGGAGGUGGUAGCACCUGUGACUCCUGCUGCAACCAUCUCUCAAGCCCAUGUUCCCACCAUUGCUGAUGCUGCAAUUCCAGAUGCCAACUACAACGAGCUCCAACCACGCUUCCCUCUGAGCAAGGUGUCAGAGAAGUGUUUCCAGCAAGAAUUGGUCAGGCUCAUGGCAGUUGGCAUGAGUAUCAGAGCAAGGGAGGUGUUCACUUGGUCAAUGUUGUGGAUAGCUUGUGAACAGAUCGGGGUUGUCAAUGCUGCUGGCAUCUUGGCUUUUAUCGAAGGACUUGGACAAAUGGUCCUGCAGAUGGUCAGCGCCCCCAAGCCUGCUGUGUCAUCAAUUGCAUUCAUUGGCCUGUGCAUGGAGUGUUUGACCAUUAAGAAGUUGGUCACUCCCCAUGACUACACCAAUCCUCUCUCCAGCUCUCCCCACAACUACACCAAUUCUCUCUCCAGCUCUUCUGACAACUACACCAAUCCUCUCUCCAGCUCUCCCCAUGACUGCAAUCUCUCUCCAUUCCCUAUGCUGAUAGCCCUGGCCCAGCUCCUCUGA